AGCCAGGUGGGAAGGUGAAGAUGGCGGCCGCUAGGGCGAGGGUGCUGGGGGCGCGAUGGCUGCAAAAGACAGCCCGGAGCGUGCUACCACUUGGGGCACGGACAGCCUUCCACAUGACCAAAGACAUGCUGCCAGGGCCCUAUCCGAAGACCCCGAAGGAACGGGCCGCCGCCGCCAAGAAGUAUAACAUGAGGGUGGAAGACUACGAGCCUUACCCGGAUGAUGGCAUGGGGUAUGGUGAUUACCCCAAGCUCCCUGACCGCUCACAGCAUGAGAGGGAUCCAUGGUACGACUGGGACCACUCGGACCUGAGAUUGAACUGGGGUGAACCGAUACACUGGGACCUAGACAUGUAUAUCAGGAACCGAGUGGACACAUCUCCCACACCUGUGUCUUGGGAUAUCAUGCGUAAGCAGCUUUUCGGCUUCGUGGCUUUCAUGAUUUUUAUGUUCUGGGUUGGGGAGACUUUCCCCUCCUACCAGCCUGUG